AUGGGAGAUAGAAUUCAUGGACUGAGACUUAACAUUGCCGAUAUAGUGUAUGACGAUAAGCGCGAUUGCGAGGAGGCCUUGUGUGAUGAAGGCGUGCGCCUGGGCUCUUUAUUGGUUUCAUCCCAGGGUUUAAGGGCAUCUGCGGGCGUUAGUAGUGUGAUGAAUGGUGGUGCUUCUUUUCCACGGCAAGCCCUAUCGCUCAGGGAUUUGGCGGUUAUUCCGGACGACAAAGGGGGGUUUCUCGGUCGGGGAAGUAGUGGAACGGUGUACCGCGCGAUUAAUCGCCGCACAGGGGCUGUUCUCGCUUUAAAAGAAAUCAAAGUUAACCGUGAGGAACAUUUGGGUGAAAUACGGCGCGAGCUUGAGGCGUUAUACACUAGUAACCAUGAGUCCUGUAGUCAGUUAGUAGAUUUUUACAACGCGUUUUCGCAUGAAGGGUCCGUUUUUAUUGCGAUGGAGUGCCUGGAUGGUUCGUUAGGCCAAAUACGGAAACCCGUCCCCGAUGCCGUACUGGUGCAUAUCACACGAAGCGUCUUACAGGGGCUCUCCUACCUCCACCGCACGCGCCAUCUCAUUCACCGCGACUUGAAGCCAAGCAACGUUCUCUUUAGCCGCUCAACAGGGGCGAUAAAGAUAUCCGACUUUGGCCUCAGCUCCAAUCUCGAAUGCACUCGAGGCGACGCGAAUAGUUUUGUCGGGACAGUGACAUACAUGAGCCCAGAGCGGCUUAAAGGGGAGCCGUACUCGUACGGCGCGGAUAUCUGGUCUCUUGGGUUGGUGGUCGCGGAGCUGGCGUUGGGGAAGUGCCCAUAUGCGCGUCUGCAUUGUGGUAGCAUCGAGGCGUGCUUUUGGACGCUUCUUCAGCACCUCAGCAGCGAUGAGCCCGCAUUCGAAUUGCCGCCUGAAAUGGAUCCGUCUCUCGCAGACUUUAUCAUAUCUUGUGUUGCCAAGGCACCAGAGAAGCGUCCCACAUGCGCGGAGCUCCUUCAGCACCCUUUUAUUAGUUCCCACUGCACUUCAUGUGAUGGUGAUCUUGAUGAGGAGGACCGACGGGUAAUCCGAGAGUGGCUAAACAUGCCUUUUAAAAAAUCGCGUUCUGUAAAGGCUAGAACAACAUCAGAUAGUGCAGUCGACCGCAAUUGUUGCUUGUAUUACGGUAGUUCGCAUUCAUCGCACGGUGAGCAAUCGAAUGUGAUAAAUGCACGCUCAAUGCCGCGUUCGAAUACAAAAAUAAAAACAGCUGCUUCGCCCAAACAUGAUGAGGCGCAACAUUAUGACCUUCAACUACCUACCUUACGUCUUAGAUCUUCAACUUCCCAAGAAGAAUCUACAGAAACCUACACAUUGGUUACCAGUCGUACAGCAGAUGGGGACCACACUAUUAAUCUAGACGAGGAGUUAAACAGACUUCUUUUGUGA